ACCCAACAACAAGAAGCUCACUUUUCUUCCAAAAGAAGCUCAUUAUUAUUUGUCUAUCAUUGAUAAACUUCUCUUCUCUCCAUCUUUUUAUAAUCAUCACAAUCUUCAUUUUCAAGAGCUCAUAACAAAGAAAGAACAACAAUGGGAAGAUCACCUUGUUGUGAAAAAAGUGGUGUCAAGAAAGGUCCAUGGACCCCUGAGGAAGAUCAGAAACUCAUCCAAUAUAUUCAGAUUCAUGGACCAGCCAACUGGCGAAACCUUCCCAAGAAUGCCGGGCUUCACAGAUGUGGAAAGAGUUGCCGCCUUCGAUGGACUAACUACUUAAGGCCUGAUAUAAAGAGAGGAAGGUUCUCAUUUGAAGAAGAAGAGACUAUAAUCCAACUACACAGAAUUAUGGGAAACAAGUGGUCGGCCAUCGCUGCUCGCUUGCCUGGAAGAACUGACAAUGAAAUAAAGAAUUACUGGAACACCCAUAUCAGAAAGAGACUCCUUCGAAUGGGUAUCGAUCCAGUGACUCAUAGUCCUCGCUUCGAUCUUCUAGACCUGUCAUCGAUUCUUAGCUCGACUCAGCUCAAUCUUUCAAACUUACUCGGGCUUCAAACACUCAUGAACCCUGAACUCUUAAGGCUUGCUUCAACUCUCCUAGGAUCUCAUAAUGAAAACCCAGAAAUGCUUUUGCAAAAACAUCAAGAAAACCAACUCUUCAAUACCCAUCUGCAAAAUCAGACUCCAAUUCAGGAAUUUCCACCAUGUUCAUCAUCUAGUGUCCCCUGUACUUCAUUUAUUGAUCAAACCCAACUCAUUCAAGGGAUUGAAAUGGGUCAAUUCUCAACAAACUUGACAGAUUUAAGUUGCCAAAAUUCCCAAGAAAAUAUGAACCUGCCUUACUAUGGUGGCUAUAAUAAUGUGUCUGAUCUUUCUGAUAAUUCAACCUUUCAGUCAAUGAACAAUAGCAGCAACACCAGCCAGAAUUUCACAUUUGAUUCAGUGAUGUCAACGCCUAUAUCGAGCCCGACGCCAUUGAACUCUUCGUCGACAUUCAUUAACGGCAGCAGCACAGAAGAUGAGAGAGAAAGCUAUUGCAGCAACAUGUUGAAGUUUGAAAUUCCGGAGGGCCUGGACUUCAAUGAUUUUAUGUGAAUGAACUGUUUCUGUUUCUGUAUUCAUUUUUUUUUUCUUUUUUCUUUUUUCUUUUUUCAGGUCAGGUUUGUAGUUGGUGUUGAUAUUGCUGAAAUGUUUUGCUAAUUUUUUUAUAGAUGUUUGUAUCAAAUAUCAAAAUAAUAUUAUCCUAAUUUCUUCCCA